AUGGCUGCUGCAAGUAACCCCAAUACUGGUGAGCGACCUUUGUCCCAGAUACCUAAGGAGCAGACUCCUCAUGCUAAGGACUUCCCAUGCUGGCCUGGAAAGCAGCCCAUGGUGGACCCAGAUCCUGAAGAGAGGUUGGCAGAGGCAAAAAAAUGCAAUGGAGAAUUAGCCAGACAGGUUGCUAACGCCCAAGCACCUCCCCAGAGGCCUAGGGGACGUCCCCAUGGGAGCACGGCCGCUAGGAGGGUGAAGCAAGUGCCGUCACCGGCGUCUCAGCCAACUCAGCCAAGGUCCCAGAGGAGUAACUGGGCUAAGGCUAUUGCCAACCCGACUGCAAAAGUACCAGCAGAAACGGGUAAUAACCGAACCCCCACGGCAGCUCAGAACCUAAACCCGAAGUCUGAUCGAGCAAACUCUGGACCAUCCAGGCCCGACAAUGGUAGACAACCACUGUCACCCAUAAGACACCCACCAUCACCAAUAAGGCACCCCUCGCCAUUCCAAGAGGUCUUGCGAACUGCACAUCAGAGGCCAUCUCGCAGCGGCAGUCGAGAUGGAAACCGACUGGCUCGGCCUGGAUAG